GAGGCUGCGUUUGGAACCCGGUGUGGAGACGGAGGGUCCUUUAUCCUGAGUCCCCUCAGCCUAAUCACUGUAGCUGAGUUCCAACACCACCCAGGCCCCCAGGGUGGCCGUGGAGGGAGAGCAAGCCUGGCAGGUGACCCAGGGGUCCCACUGCUGUGCCCCUCCCUUAUCUUUGUUCCCUUUCACCCCGGAAGGUGUGAUUGUCUCAUGUCAUGGUGACAAGCCAUCUCUCUUCUCUGUCAGGUGGGAUCCCCACCCCCGCUCAGCCUUCUUUCUGCAUGGAUGCUGAAGGACCAGGCUCACUUGAAGUUCUGAGUUUGAGCAGUAAGGUGGAAACAAAGAAACCAAUGGAAACAAAGAAACAAGUCAUUGUGGCAAAGCUCCCCACCACAGAGAAGCUGCCCUGAGUGGAAGGGAGGGUGUGGGCAUGCCCAUUUGUUUCGUGUCUCCCAGUGCUCUUCGCUUUCUUAUUGCAGACCUGCAUGGUUACAACAAAAUGAUCUGCAAAACUGAAAAUAUUUACUCUCUGGCUUUUACAGAAAAGGCUGACCAGCCUCUGGUUCCCGUACCGGUCAACUGAUUGGAGUACCUUUCCAGUUUGGAAACAUCUGGGCAGGCCCAGGUUUGCAAAAUUCUUUAAGAGUAGUUAUGGAGUUUUGCUUCUAAACAUUUUUAUGGCUGUAUACUUCUGAGCUGAGGUUGUGCUGUGUAAUUCUGAGCCGGGAUUUUCUCAAACUGUUUCUUAUUUCUUAUACCGGACACCCCUAAAUUCCAAGGGGAAUGGGAUGUUAAGGAAGCCAUGGAGUUUAGGAAAAAGAUACAGAUUUCAUUUCCAUUUAAGCAUCGAUGUAUCUCCAUCCUAGGCAGUAUCGGUUCUGUGGUAUUGAUAGGGGAACUAAAUAGCAACCAAAUUUAUAGAAAAUAGUGGGUCAUUGGGUACACAAGUUCUUCUUUUCAACAUUUUUGUAGUGUUUGCAGUUUAAGAUGACCGUUCCUGAGAAACAGGCAGCCUCUUAGAAUAAAAUAGCAUUUUCCCUGAACCAUACUCAAUUUUUAUUUCGUAGACAGCAGGAAGGGCAAUCACACAUCCAACACUUGGGGACCUCAAAGAUAAAACGUAACUUUCUGGGAGCACACUCCCCCCGUCUCCCUCUGCUCUUUUCACUGUCCCAUUGUCCCUGAAGGCUCUUUUGUAUCUUCUGCUCAUGACUCCAGUAACUCUUCCUUCUCGUCCCUCAGCUGGUAAGUUUACUUUUCUACUUUGACCAAGCAAACUGAAGCCAACAGAAGAGAACUUUCACCAGCAACUCCCAGCACAUCCGCUCGCCUUCUGAUGUCUGUGACCUCACUCUCGCUGCCCCACCUCUUAUUACAGAUUGAACAGGAUCCAGGGGGAAGUACCAAGCCUGUCCCAUCGGCCAUCCUGUGUGUCAUGUCCUGUGACCCAGUGGAUGCUCAGCACCCUCCAGCUGAAGAAACAGAUUGCCUUAGGUACAUGAAAGGUGAGGACACCUACUAUCCCCAUGGAGCCCAGGUGGGGCUGGGAGUCUGCUGUUUGUACAGCCGGUGGGCUCGUGUUUCUUUGGGCAUCCCUGUGCCUGAAUUCCUGCAGUACACUCGGUGCCUGUUUCCUAAUCUGCAAAACUGGAAUGAUGUUAACCAUCCCGCAGUGCAUUCCAUGGUGCAUCCUCGCCUAGAAUUGAGUGGAAGCAAGUCCAUCUCAGAAGGGACAUACCUGAAGAGAAAUGGCUUUCCAGACUCUGAAGGGCAGAGAAAGCACCAGCCUGGGUUAGAGAAAGAGAACAGCAUCUCUGAGCCCGUCCUGGGUGACCUCACAGAGAUCACCCUAGUGGCCCAGGCUAGUGACCGGGAACAUGUACCUUCCUGCAGCCAACCCCAGACGUCCACUGAUGCAUCAUAUACUGGCAAAGAUCCUGGCCUGGGGGGGCGUUGGCCGCCGGAGAUUCGCCAGAUGUUGGACUCCAGCUUAACCACCGGAAGUGGGCAGGAUGUGCUGAGGGGGCGGAGGCAGCCGCCAAGGCAGCGACGGAGGGGGCUGUCCCUGGCCAGCCGGUCAAUUUGUUCCCACCUCAACAUUUGCUGUCCCAGUUUCGCAGGACGCCCUUCUCCAGUUUAUCCUUCUCCUGGGAGGUGACAUUUUAGGUUAUUGGGUCCCAGAUUGCUGGCACACUCAUCCCUGUUCUCAAACAUCUUUUAAACUUGGGUGAAGUGAUAAGUUGGGGAAGAAGAUGAUUUACUGAAAGUCUCCCGAGAAGAGAUUCAGACUGAACAGCUUUGUGUCGGACUUUGGAAGACCGCUGGUGCCCAAGGGGUUCUCUGGCAGCACAAUGACGAAUCUAGGUCCCUCUUUCACUGCUACGUCAAUGAAGUGGACCGCUUGGACAAGGCCAAAGCUGGUAUCCCAACCAUAGCCCUUGACAGUGAUGUUCGGCUCCAGGAAGCCAUCAGAUGCAGCAGGUGGCCAGAGGAGGAGCCGAACGGGCUCAUGAAAUGUGACACCCCCAGCUUCAUCAACACGGACCAGAACUCUUCCUUUGGGGAAGAUGAUCUCCUGAUUUUGGAACCACCUAUUGUUCUAGAAAAUAAGCCAGUUGCCCAGACCUCACACAAAGACUUGAAUUGGAAAUGUGCUUUGUCAAGUAUUUCUCUGAAGAUGUGAAGUCUGUCUUUGUAUGGCAGGAAGUCCCCUUUCACAAAAUUGUAUGUGUUUGUGUCUGAGAGAGAGAAAUGGAGACAGACAGAAAGACGGAGACAGAAGAGAGCCCCCUCAGAAGAGAGCUAGUUAAGCUCUUCUGAGAUCCUCCGGCCACCCUUGCUCCAACCUGAGGACAGACCUACCGUUCCUUUCCUAGGAGGAGGAUCAACCCAUGGUGCAUUUUAUGACAAUCCUGUCCCCAGGAAUGCACGGAAGGUUAUCAGCUGAGUGAGGGGAAGUGCCUCUGUUUCUCUGUGUCCCUGUAUCUCUGUCUGCUCACAGUGCCCUGCCACCGGCUACUGAACAAGAAAAGUGCUAUUCACCAUGCUGUGUGUUUUGCAGAUGUGUUCCCAGUGGCCUGAGCCAUGCACCAGAUUUGAUGUAGGAGCUGUUCCACCAAAAGAAAUCCCUUUGCCAUAAUAUCUUUUGAGGAAAAUAUUAUUCUUUAAGGCUCUAACAGUAAAUCGUAGAACAAAGCAUGGAACAUUUAUUGUAGUUAAUACAUGUUCAUGCAAAAAGAAAUGAUAUUUUCAUUAAACAAUGUUGAUUUUAAUAACUUUUACUAAUGUGAAUAUUAUUACUCAUAAUUUAAGUAACCAAAUAAAACCACAGUUAUUUAUUAUGAAGUUUGAAAACUAUUUACACUGUCUCUCAAUUAGAGGUAGCUUUAUUAGAAGACUGAAGGGUAUUUAAAAGAUGGAAAAAUACCCAUGAUGACACCAUCAUUUUUAUUAACUAAAUAUCAAGAACUGUGCAGGGUUAAGAUUUAACCCUCUGCAAGCUGUCAAGUUAGCAUGAGGUAGUUUGUGGAUGCUGCCAGAAGACAGGAGACUCCCCCAGGUUCAGAGACAAAGAACUUCUUGCCAGCACAGCAGGCAGCUUGGGGUUCAUGUUCAUGUUGGUUCCUGAGUUUCUUUCCUUUUGCUGUUGUAACAAAGGACCACAGACUCAGUGGCUUAAAGCAAUACACAUUCAUCAUCUCACUGUUCUAUUGUGCAGAAGUGCAAAGUCAUUGUCAGUGGGCUAAAACCAACGUGUGGCCAAGGCUACGUUCCACACCGAGGCUCUAGGGAGGGAUUCGUCUUCCUACCUUUCCCAGCUUGCAGAGGUGUUCACACUCCUUGGCCCAGGGCCCUGUGUCACUGUGACCUCUGCUGCCACUUUACAUCUCUGUCUCUGACUAUAUAGAUAUAAAGGAAGAGUCUUCUACAUCUGGUAUGGACCCUUUUUCCUAAAUGGACAUUGUAUCUCUAUUUAUGUGCAGAUUAAAACCCCUUCCCUCCAGGGUGUGGUGGCAUCAGCUCACAAGAUUACCACUCUGGGCUUUAAGUGUCCUCUUUGUAUUGUCACCUGGGAACUUCUCUUUCCAUAGUUAGCUCUGUGUUACAUUUGUUGUUGUAUUUUACCCGGCAUUACUGAAAGUUUUACUUAAAAGGGAUCCUAAUUAGCUCUGUUUACCUGUUUCCAGAGCUGAAAGCUUCAGUUCUAGAGUAUCUGUUUGAUUUCUCUUAAAAAUACAUUCCAGUAUAUUUCUCUGGUGAAAGUCUUUACCCUGUUGUCUAUUCUCCCAUAAUUUCCUUAUUUUCUUGAAUAUAUUAAAAGUAUUUUAUAGCCUUUAUUGGUAACUCUGAUGCCUACAUCACCUGGGGGUUUGCAUCCUUUGUCUAAUGUUUCUUAUUCUCAUAUUAUCCGUUAUAUAGUCUUGACAUGUUGCAUGUCUUGAAAUUCUUUAUUACAUGGCAGACAUUGCAAAUGAAAAAUCCAUAUGUUAUUUUCCGUGAGAGGUUUUCUACCUUCCUGUUAGGCAAACAGGGUGAGGGACUGAUCAUGUCGCUCCAAUCAGGCGCUGAGGUGGAUCAGGACUGAAGUGCCUUUUUUCUUAAAACAGCUUUGAGGUAUACUUGGCAAAGUAAUUUUCACACGUAUAAAGUGUACAGCUAAUACGUUUUGACAUAAGUAUAUCCCCAAGAAACCAUGACCACAUUCAAGAGAGUGAA